GUGGUGAAUACUUUUUCUGUUGGGAAACAGAAGAGUGCUUCUUGAGUAAAAAGUAUGCCUCCCAAGUUCAAGCGCCACCUAAAUGAUGAUGAUGUCACUGGUUCUGUGAAAAGCGAAAGGAGAAAUCUUCUGGAAGAUGAUUCGGAUGAAGAAGAAGACUUUUUUCUAAGGGGACCAUCUGGACCAAGAUUUGGACCUAGAAAUGAUAAAAUUAAGCAUGUUCAGAAUCAGGUGGAUGAAGUUAUUGAUGUCAUGCAAGAAAAUAUUACAAAGGUAAUUGAAAGAGGGGAGAGACUAGAUGAACUACAGGACAAAUCAGAAAGCUUAUCGGAUAACGCAACUGCGUUUAGCAACAGGUCCAAACAACUUCGAAGGCAAAUGUGGUGGCGUGGAUGCAAAAUAAAAGCCAUCAUGGCUUUGGUUGCUGUUAUCCUUUUGCUAGUGAUUAUCAUUCUUACAGUCUUGAAAUACCGUGCUUGAUUUGGUGACAAAGAUCUUCAUUACACAAAAUCUGGGACAAUAAUAAAAGAUUGCUGCAUAAUUUAAAUGAAACUUAUGUAUAUAACUUUCAAAACUUCUUUUUCAAGAAACUAAGAGGCAAGUAUCACUUCAAAUUGGAGCAUUGAGAAUGUCCAGUUUUCUUCUUCCCUGCGAGCAAAAUGUGUUUUUAAAAAUUAUGUUUAAGGCAGAGAUAACCAGCCUCUCUUUUGCCAUAUUCCAAGGAUCUAAUUUGAAACUAGAUACUUGCCAGUUCAUUAUUUGUACAUGGAAUUAAACAGUGAUCAUAAUAUUUCAUACUGUUACUAUAAGGACUUGCAUUAUUGCAUUGACAUGGGGUCAGACUGGGAGUCCAGAAGCCUAUGUAGAGUACUAAAACAUGCAUAGCCAUUCCAUCAAUAUUUGCAAGAUUCUUCUCACAUUACGAUUGCUUUGCAAGCAAUUUCCACAUGUUUAUGGGUGUAACAAAAGCUAAAUGUAAAUGUUGCUGCCUUCAGCUAUAACUAAAACAUUCCAGUAAACCUAUUUUUGACUGUAAAAGGGAAUGUGUAGUAAUUUUUUGGCAUAUGGAUUAUGGAAAUGGAAAACUUAAAUACAAAAAGCGUAGUAUGGCACCAUAAAACUGGAGAUAAUAAAAUUAUUGGAGAACAUCAUUGGAGUGUUUGAAAGUGAACAGCAUGGUCCGGUCUGUUUCCAGUUAGCCUCCAAUAAGGAGGAACCACACCUAAUGUGAGUAAAUGAAAUCCACAGGUAACUUAUUCUCUAAUCUUAUUUUGAUAGCUUCCCUCUUUAACUUCAACUAGUCCCUCUGCCAGAAGUGCUCAAAGUAGCAAAAUCAUCUGCUUAGAAUUUGUUACUUUUGCAUUUCCUAAUCAUCCCCCAAGAGAUGCAUGUUGUAUAGUCAGAUGUCAAAUUAGCCAAUAGUGAUGCGUCUAGAAAGUCAGGAGGUAAUCAUCAUCAGUAACCAAAUAGCUAGAGUCACCAUUAAUUUAAAUUUGUUUUUACAGCAAUAAAAUGUAAUGUUAACGUUAAAAUGUGCCAACCUCCUUGUGUUGUUUAAACAAGUCAAAGUGAAAAGACAUAGUCCUCAAAUGUGUUCGAGGAGGAGGCUUUAUAAUAAAAUUGGAGGUCCUGCAGGAACUUUUGCACAUAGAUAUGGUGACUAUAUAUGCGUAUGUAACUAACUUUGAAAUGCGGUUAAUAGAAGACACAGUAUUGAAAUGGGAAAGACAAAUGAUCCUGUAUAGGUUUAUUUCUUUGGUCAUUUUAAUUCAGAAUGUAUGAAACAUAGAAUCUGUUUUUGUUUUUUUAAAAAUUCUACAGGAAUUUUUAAGUACUAAGUACUACAGGAAUUUUUUUUUUCCAUGCUUGCCACUUUUAUUCAAAAUUGUACUGGAGUUUUUAGCCAAAAGAAUUAAGCAAGAGACAGAAAUAAAAGCUAUCCAUAAUGGAAAAUAAAUAACAAGCAAAGAAUGUAGAAAACCUUAAAGAGUCCACAAAUAAGUGCUAUAGCUAUGAAGAGUCCAGCAAAUUUGUGUGCUAGAAGGUCAAUUUUUAAGUACUAAGAGGCAAAAAUGUUCUGUUUAAAUGGAAAGAAAUAUGAAAGGAAAAAGCACAUCAGUAGCUACUCAAGACAUCUACAGGUUACGCUAAGUUUGAUAGUCUGAUACACUUUGAAGAAGAUAAAUGUUUUACAUCCCAGGGGGUGUGGUCACUGGUCUCUCUACUCUUCAUAAAUAUCAAUGUAAAUAACGAAAGAAAUAUUAAAUCCUUUGACUAAAUAGGAUGCCCAGGAAAAUGAGCAUUUUUAGAAUCUUAGUACCUAAUACAGUUCAGGAAUGGAAAUAUUUUAACGGGAUGGACAGAAUCAGUCCUAACCUAUGUAUGUAUAUCUUUUAUUCGGGAUUGGCACUAGACUUAUCAGUGGCUAAUUUUCCAUUAGUUAGGGGAGAAAUCUGGUUUUUCCAUGAUAGCAGUGAAGAAGAAGAUUAUUUCUCAAAAAGAAUCCACGUUUCCAAUGUUUCUUUUAAUAAAGUAUUAAAAUUAUUUGUUUUAACCAUAAAAAAUUACAAUACCAUAUAUAUGUUAUUUUCCUUGUAUUUAAAUAUGUGACUGCCAGAAAUACUGGUGGCAAGCAUGUCACUCUGUGUUCUAGUGGUGACUUGGUACACAGUUUACCCUUUUGUGUUUCUUGGUCUUCACGAGCCCUGACAUUCUUAAAACGGAUGGCAUGCUUAUGACUUUACCAUGGUAAUCUUAGAGACACGAGCUUCUUACAAUCAAAAAAUGUUGUUCAAAUUGAUGUCAGGCCUACCUACCUUCCUUCCCUUAAUCAUUCUUUUUCUCAUUCAGCUCAGAUCAUCCUGCACUUGAAAAAUGAAGUUUUACCACUAUCAAAACUAUCAUUAUUUAACAGCAACGAAGAUCAACAGAAAAAUUCAAGUAGCUUUGUAAAUACUAGUUGGUAUCCAGUGAAAGCAGGUCACUAUUUUUAUAAUGCUUGAAACAUACCCUUAUGAUUUGUGUUUAAUUACUGAAGCCUAUGCCCUGUAGUAGUUUCAUGAUUAUAAAACUGACUGACUGACUCCUUCUGACUAGAACCCAGUGUCACUAGUGGUCUUUUGGCUUCUCCAUCCUGAUAAAGCUCACUGAAAAUUGCACUCCGGUUUUAUGAACUUGGGGGUUUCUUGAUUCAAAGAAAGCUCAGUAUUGAAAAUGGAACAUCUAAAAUGGAGGAGGACUAAUUAGUUCACAGCAGAGAGAGAAAUACACGGGUUAAUGCCCUGCAGAUCACUUACCAUCCGAGCGCUCCGCGUUAGAAGAGAACGUCCGGCACUUCUACGGCAAAAUUAGACGUCGCUCCAUUCUGUGUAGCAAGAAUAAAAAGAAAUUGAAAUCUCCCAUGGUCAAUCCAGUCUUCAACAUGCUUGCUGCCCUGUGUGCUCUGUCGCCCACACCUACUCCUGUCUACACCUGUGUGUCUGUACACGGACGAGAACACAUGCAAGAUACUGUGUGUGCAUGCUGGGGGGAAGGGAUGCUGCUACGGAAGGUCCUUAAUCGUAGCGAGUCUCACCAAGUCCAGGAUAGCUAACUGUUCUGUUUCAUGAGUCUGACCUUGUGUUCUCACAAUGGGAAUGUGACUGAAGUCGAUUUUAUCUUUCCGAGUGUGGAGUAAGGGCAUGCAUCAGUCCGAAGGCAUUUCUACAUUUGUUUGAGAAUGCGUGGUAGUGCUUACAUGUGUGCAGGAAAUUUUCACAGAGCAUUGUAAAGGUGCUGAGUCCAAAGGAGCCGAGACUUGCCCUUCUCAGUCCACCCCCUGCUCUGUCCAUGAUGUAGACAAACAGAACCAUGGGUCAGAAGGACGUGGGACUCGGGCUGUCUUUGUAAGUUUGAUUUGGUCUUACUCUUUUUCUGAAAAUCAAGUAGAAAUAAGGGAAGGGGACACAAACUUUUAAUCUGGCUCCUGUUUUAUAAAACUGCUUGGGCAGCACAGGGUUGGGGGGGGCACAUGGGGGUGGAAAAACUGCUUGGAACAGGUCAGUAGGAAUUGAAAGGAAAGCAUGACUAACCUAGUUAGAGUGGGUAAGUGUAAGCUUGUGAAGGCACAGAUGAUACCAUAUUUGUGUGUCUCCACAGCACCCAGCAUAAUGCUGUGGACCUGGUACUUUCUAGAUAAGUACCUAGGAAACCACAAAGACACCAGUGUGCUAGUAUGUGAGAGUCCGCUUCCAAGUCCUGCCUGCAGAGGUAAGCACAUGAUAGUGGCCUUUGGACUUUGCCAGGUGAUAGUAGGGCUCUUUAACAAUAAGUGGGUAUAGAGAAAUCCUGAUUUUAUAGUAUUCCAUCAGGUUCUUUUCAUUUGAGGAAGUCUCAAUGAUUUGAUUUCAAGGCUAAAAAGCACAUUGCAUAUUUCAGAGAUUUUAGUAAAAUGUUAAAAAAGUAUAAGAAAAUUCAACCACUUGUUUUUUAUGCUUUGGGUAUAUGUUUUUUGAAAUUCCAUGCUCUUCUAUUUAAUCUUUUGAAAAGUGCCUUUGCUGUUAUAAGAUGUAUGGUGGAGAUGAGCAAAUGCGAUGGUCCUGUGCCCUGGUCUCCAGCUUCUCCACUCUUCAUAACCACCCCUACCAGUGUUGCAAAGUUUAGAACCUUGUGUUCGUGUCAGCUAUGUGUCUGUAGCCCCUCCAUACUAAACAGUAAAAUAAACUUUCAUAGAAAACAAAA